GGAAAGCAGCGUCAGGUCGAAUGGCUGUAUUUGUUAUCAUACGUUGUUUGACUUUAUUGUUAACGUAAAGGAAGGAUGGCAACUUAAUGAGAAUGGAUAAGGAUUCCUGGCUGUCAUAAUACGACGACAUAAAAUGGCUGGCUAAUGAAAAGGGACAGAAUAGAUCUAACAUUGCAAUGAAUGGCACAAACCCCUGUGAACUGAAAGAAUGAGUCAUAGAUGGGCUCCAAAUACCUGGGGGAAAGUAAGCAGAGCAUAUCAUUCGUCGCAAUCACAUGCUUGCAAGUCAGCAGCAUCACUUCCCUUGUCUGGUACCUCUCACUGCAGGAUUCAUGUACAACAGUCUUGUCGUCACAAGGUUGGCCUUCUCAGCUGGAGGCACAUCCACCACCUGAGGAUCACAAGGCGUAAGGGAUGGCUCUUUCAAGCUAAUGAGUUUCGACAAAGGCUUGGUCUCCACACCAGCACCCUGUAUUUGAACACUUCAGCCUCACGGUGGUCUGCUGGUCUGAGCCAACACAUGUCGCGGGUCAGGAACACUCUGGACACAGUUUCUAAAGCUGUGAGCGGCACACAUACAGAACUUCUCUCCAGAAUCGCCAGACUUAAGCCUAAUGCUUUAAAGGCUGGGAAAAAGGCUGACACUAGUGUUGAAUCAACGGCAAAAGCUAAUGAGAGUGCAGUCACACCUGCUCCCACUAAUGCUGCUACCCCUUCUACGUCUACUGCACCUAAACCCAUAUGUGACUCACCUUCUGCCAGUCCUUCUAGUCCUACUUCUGCUGCUACACUUGAUGCAAGUGCCACUACCUGCACCCAUCCUCACAAUUCUUCCCAAGUGACUGUCAGUGCCACAGAUCUGACUGUGGGUGAACCUAAGGAGAAAAGGCUGAGACGUGUUGUUCCAGCUGUCAAAGCCACUUGUGCCAGGAAGCAAGAGGAGCUUAAACCUUCACUACAUGAUACAGAGAGCAAAAGCACAACUUCCAAACAAACAGCAGCACUUUUCCAUCCCAGCACCUUUCCCGUCAGCCUGGAUGAGACUUAUAACUACCUAGCCCAUCACAUCAACUCAUACUUUGGCAUCAGCACAAAGACUCAGGACAAGAAAGUGGACAAUGUCGGCAAUUCGUCUGCCUCCUCUCAGGGUCAACAAACUAGUGACCUCAUGCCAGUGUCUGAUAAAACAGACUCGCCUGCUUCAGUUACCCAACCGUCCGUUAAGAAGGGUUUAGGACACUACCUGUCAUACUCAGCUCCUACUGUACAAGCCUUUGUGGGAAGUUACAUUGCUCCCCUGGUCCCCAAGUUCAGGACAGUAGAGUCCAAAAGCGCUGCAGUGGUGGAGAGGAAGUCUGUGGAUGCACCAGUCAAACAGGCUGAGGCCAUCAUUAGUAAAGAGCAGAAGACUGCAGAGGAGAAAGCCAAGAAACUUCUGCUUCAAAGGGAGAAGAUCAUUGCCAGGGUGAGUGUGGACAAUCGAACUCGGGCUCUGGUACAGGGCCUCCACAGGGCGUCAGAUGUAAGGGUCUACAUCAACAGGGUGGAGGACCUCAGCUACCAUCUCCUGGAGUUUCCAGAGACGAGUGGUGUUGCUGUUAAGGAGAAGGUUAUCCCUUGCCUGCUGCGUCUGAAACAGGCCAAUGACCCAGGCCUGAGGGCAGCAGUUAGAGAAGCCCUCGCUCUGGUUGGCUACCAUACCCCUGUUAAAGGCCGGGGCAUCCGGAUCCUGUCCAUAGAUGGAGGAGGAUUAAGGGGAAUUCUUGCACUUCAGACGUUACACAAGCUGGAAGCCCUGACUGGCAAACCUAUUUACAAACUGUUUGAUUAUAUCUGUGGUGUCAGCACAGGUGCUAUACUCGGGUUCUUGCUGGGUGUGUUCCAAAUCCCGCUGAACGAGUGUGAUGAUCUUUACCGGAAGUUGGGUUCGGAUGUCUUCAAGCAGAAUGUCAUUGUUGGCACCGUGAAGAUGGGCUGGAGCCAUGCUUUCUAUGACAGCGAGGCCUGGGAGAACAUCCUCAGAGAGAAAAUGGGCUCUCACCUCCUGGUAGAGACUUCAAGAAACCCCGAAUGCCCCAAGGUGGCAGCAGUGAGCACCAUUGUGAACCGGGGCACUCCUCUGAAGGCCUAUGUGUUCAGGAACUACAACCUGCUGCCCGGGGUGCGCGCUCCCUAUCUAGGGGGCUGCCAGCACCAACUCUGGCAGGCCAUCCGUGCUACGUCAGCAGCCCCUGGAUAUUUCCAGGAGUUCACUUUGGGAAAUGACGUCCAUCAGGAUGGAGGUCUGCUGAUUAACAACCCCACGGCACUGGCGAUCCAUGAGUGCAAGUGUUUGUGGCCUAACACGCCCUUGGAGUGUGUGGUCUCACUCGGUACGGGCCGCUUCGAAACUCAUGGCAAGAACAGCACCACCCACACGAGCCUCAAAGCCAAACUCAGCAAUGUCAUCAGCAGCGCCACAGACACCGAGGAGGUUCACGCCAUGCUUGACGCCUUCCUCCCUCCUGACACUUACUUCCGCUUCAACCCCUUCAUGAGCGAAGACAUCUCCAUGGAUGAGAACCGGCUGGAGAAGCUCAACUUGCUGCAGGCUGAGGGCGUCCGUUACCUGGAGAGGAACGAGGAGAAGCUGAAGAAGGUCACUCGCAUCCUCACCCGAGAGAAAAGCUCCGUCCAGAGGAUGGCCGAGUGGGCCAGGCUCAGGGCUGACAUGUAUAACGGUCUUUCCUUUCGCUCCUCUAAGCUUUAGAUCCAACACAAGCCACCUUUACCUCACAUGAACACUCUUUCCUUAUUCUAAAUUUCCUAGAAUAUGUCAUGUUACCAUGCUUAGUUGUUGACUUCUUGACAUGUAGUUCAGAAGAACAUAGGUGGUGUAUCCAACAUGCCAAACACUACCUUCCACCUCACUCAUACUUCACCACCUGGUUGCCAUUGUGGUCGUCAGCACUCGACGUAGCACUCUGCUACGUUCAGAGAAGAUUUGUCAAGUGAUGUGUGCAGGAGAGAUUCACAGUUACCUUUGAUAGCAAAUGCCUCUUGUAUACUUAAGGGACUGGUUCAAUGUUCUAGGAAAUGUGCAUAUUUGUUAGGUGAGAAGAUGAACAACAUGUACAUGUCUGUCCGGUAAAUUUGAGGCUACCGCCAGGGGCCAGUUAGCUUAGCUUAGCAUAAAAACUAAAAAUGGGGCUCUGUCCAAAUGUAACAAAAUCUUCCUACCUGUCCGUUUCCCAUUUCCAGACUUAAGCUAAGCUAAGCUAACCGGCUCCAAAUACAUUUUUUUUAUCAUACAGACCAUCUUCUCUUCUAACUUUCAGCAAGUAAGCAGAUUUCCUAAAAUGUCAAACUGUUGCUGUUAAAAACAGAAUAGUGUAAAUUUCUACAGUAGCCAGUAACAGUUUUUACAGACUGUUGUACCGAGUGAAAACAUAUAGAUGGGAUACGUGUUUUUGAGAUGCAGUCAUUGUUAAGCUAAGCUGUCGACCUGUAACACUGUUAAACAGUAAAGAGAAAUUACAGGAAAAAAGAAAUCCUUAUUUUUUUUACUUAACGCUCUAAUCAAGGUCAGUUUCUCAAGGUGUAAAGACUAAAAUUUGCAGUGCAGCUACUGGUCAACUGUUAAAUCGUAUAUUGAUAAUAGUAACAUUGGUACAUGGGGGCCCACCUCCAGCAUUACAGUAUUGCAUAUGUUGUAUGUACAUAAAUGCCCGUUAUAGUUGAGAUUUUACACAUAAAGACAAGGCAGUAACUGGUAUAAGAAGUGUACGUUGCAAAGAUUUACCCUCUGUGUUUCAUUCUACAAUACCUAUGAUUCAUAUAAACAAUUAAAUAUGAAUAGAAGAUAAAUAUAUGUAUCCAAAUGCAGCCUCACUGUCAUAAGGAUCUAACUUUUUCAGAAUGUUUAUUCUUUUGGCCUCAGAGUAUUUUAAGUUCUCUUGUUUCAAAGACUUUUAUCAUCGUGUGCUUGAUUGUUUGAUUUUAUGGAUUCCCCACAGGCUGCACACAUUUUCUGCUCUGUCUUCAGUGUGCCCUCUUUCCCUUUGAUGCUUCUUCUCAAAAGCCUCUUUCACCCCUUUCUACCUUGGAAGUGCUGUGUUUCAGUCCCCACUUUGCUGCACCGUAACGUUUGUAAAAAAAAAAAAAUCAUGCAGCUUUUAGCCGAAGGACUGGUUUUAAACAGAUUGCUGCUUAUUGAUUUGUCUGGGCUGAAAAUGAUCUUGAUGACAUGUACAGCUAAAAAAACACACUGCACACAUUCAUUGCCAGGCCUAACCUGGUCAAGUACUGUAUAAUUGAUGGAACAAUGUGUCAGUCACUCACAGACCUGAGGUAAAACGGACACAGAUAUUACCCAGAUUAAUAUAAUUCCACUGUUCUGCUGUUGGUCCUGUGUAAAGACUGUUUGAGAGUGAAUGUAAUUAAA